UGCUGUUUGCGUUGAAAGGUUGUGUAGGGUCCAGUCGUGUCACAUGACAGCGGCGGUGCUACACCGGAAAGAACUCGAUCAGCAGGCAACUCCAGGAUUCAACAUGGCUUCCCUCGGCUGUCAGUAGACGCGAGUUGUUUUCAACUCAGGAGCUUCAAGUUUACCACUUAACAGAGAUCCGAUAAUUGUUCUUCUUUAGAGAUUGAACCGCAGAGCGCGUUAUCCGCAAUGGCCCAGUGUCUCCAAUCUGUGCAGGAGUUUAUCCAGGACUCCUUUGUCCCGAUGGUGGCCGUCUUGUGCAGCGAAGAUGCAGAGCAAGUGACUCGUAAAAACAACCUGAAUUUCUCUGAGCUGGUCAGGCCUUUCUGCCGGCUCACCUCGGAAGGCCAUAUGCGAGAUCCUAAUAACCAGAUCCAAGUAAUCAAAAAUCUGAAGAUACACGUGUCCAAUAUUGUCACCCAGCCACCUCACCCGGCUGCCAUUCGGAAGAUGCUGAGUGAAGUUGUCUCUGUCAGCCAGCCAGCGGAAGGAUUAGUUGCUAAUGUGAUCACAGCAGGAGAUUAUGAUCUCAAUAUAAGUGAUCGCUCAGUUAAAGCUAGUGUUCCUUGGUACAAUAGUUGGAAAGAAACACUGACGCAACUGAACACAUCCAAGUCCUUCACAGCAACAACACCUUGGUUUGAGACCUACAGAGAAACCUUCUUCCAGUCUAUGCCAGCAUCAGACCAUGAGUUUCUUAACCACUAUCUGGCAUGCAUGCUUGUAGUUUCAUCUAAUGAACCUCAGCCUGUGGAACAGUUUUUGAAGCUGUCUCAGGAACAGCACCGGAUUCAGCACAGCAGUGACUACACCUAUCCAAAGUGGUUUACUCCAAACACACUGAAGUACUAUGUGCUGCUUCAUGACAUCAGUGAAGUAGAGGAACAAAGGGCAGAUACUGUUUAUGAAGAAAUGAAACAGAGAUAUGGAACGCAGGGUUGCUAUUUACUUAAAAUCAAUUCCCGAACUUCAGCAAUAUCAACAGAUGAGCAGAUACCAGACCCUUGGAGCCAGUAUUUACAGAAAAGUAAUUUGCAAAACCAGGAAUUGUAUGAAGAUGGCACAUCUGUCGUGAUUGGCAGUACAAAUACAGAAAACAAUGUAAGUGAACCUGAAGUGGAUGGAAUCGAUCCUUCAGUCAAAGCUGAUGGUGUUCCCAACAACUUCAAAACCCACCCUCUUCAGCUAGAUCACCCCAGUGAUCCAGGUGGUAGCUUUGAUGCCCUUGAUACCUUAAGGAAUGCUGUACAGAUAACUGAUGGGAAGAAACCUAGCACUGUGACCACACAUGGCGCAUGUUUGACACUUAAUGACCAUGACCGGAUUAGACAGUUCAUUCAGGAGUUUACAUUCAGGGGGCUUCUACCCCAUAUAGAAAAAUCUAUCCGUCAACUUAAUGACCAGCUGGUGUCACGAAAAGGUUUGAGUAGGUCUUUAUUUUCAGCUACUAAGAAGUGGUUCAGUGGUGGCAAAGUACCAGAAAAAAGUAUAGCUGAACUGAAAAAUACAGCAGGCCUGCUAUAUCCUCCAGAGGCUCCUGAACUUCAGAUAAGGAAGUUGGCAGAUUUGUGCUUUUUAGUGCAGCAUUAUGACUUGGCAUACAACUGCUACCAUACAGCCAAGAAAGACUUUUUGAAUGACCAAGCAAUGCUUUAUGCUGCCGGUGCUCUGGAAAUGGCAGCAGUAUCUGCUUUUCUACAGCCUGGUGCUCCCAGACCCUACCCAGCACAUUAUAUGGAUACAGCAAUACAGACUUACAGGGACGUGUGCAAGAACAUGGUGCUGGCAGAAAGGUGUGCUUUGUUGAGUGCUGAAAUUCUGAAGAGCCAAGUAAAGUGUUCAGAAGCUGCCACUCUCUUAAUCCGGAUGACCAGUGAGGAUUCAGACCUACGAAGUGCCCUUUUACUGGAGCAGGCUGCACAUUGCUUUAUAAAUAUGAGAAGUCCGAUGGCGCGCAAGUUUGCAUUUCAUAUGAUACUGGCCGGACAUAGGUUUAGCAAAGCUGGGCAGAAAAGGCAUGCCCUGCGGUGUUACUGUCAAGCUAUGCAAGUGUACAAAGGAAAAGGCUGGUCCCUUGCCGAAGACCAUAUUAACUUUACCAUUGGACGCCAGUCUUUUACAUUGAAGCAACUGGACAACGCAGUGUCAGCCUUCAGGCAUAUAUUGAUCAAUGAUAGCAAGCAAACAGCCUCCCAACAAGGGGCUUUCCUUAGGGAAUAUCUUUAUGUUUACAAGAAUGUUAGCCAGCUGUCGCCAGAUGAUCCUUUACCACAGCUUCCGUUGCCUUGCAUACAGAGCUCAGCAACACGGGUCUUCUUUGGACAUGACCGGCGACUGGCAGAAGGACAAAAACAAGCAGCUACCCAUGUCAGCUUGGACCAGGAAUUUGACUGUGAAUUGUCACAGCAGUGGAAAGAGCUGGAGGAGCAAGUUGUAGCUGUAGUCAACCGAGGAGCAAUCCCAGUGAACUUCCAGCCAACUCAGUACUGUCUGAACAGCCAAACUGACAACUUAAGAUUUCCAUUGGCUGUAGUUCAAGAGCCCAUCAUCGUGGAGGUUGUCUUUAAAAACCCCCUGAAGGUUCCUCUCCUGCUGACCGACCUCUCGCUGCUGUGGAAGUUUCAAUCCAAAGUUUUCGGUCAGCUUCAGAACGGAGAUGAGCCAAUUAGCAAUGAGAAAGAGGCACAUGUGAAGGCAACCUUCAAAAAUGAGAUUGUCAGCACAGAAGUCAUACUGGAGUUUUCUAUGAGUAGUGAAGAAACGAAAGUGGCACGUUUGAAGCUCCUUCCCCAUCAGACAGGAGAGUUGCACAUUCUUGGGGUUGUUUACAACUUGGAAACAGUCCCAUCUGUGAAUGUGGUAGAUGGAACAGAUCUUUCUGGUGUACAAGGGGAAGGAAACCUUGUAAUUAAUGGUAUGUCAGUUCGAGGUCGUCAAGAUCUGGAAAUUCAAGGACCUCGUCUUAAUAACACUAAAGAAGAGAAAACUUCAGUCAAGCAUGGUCCUGAUCGACGGUUAGACCCUAUCAUCACUCCCCCGAUGCCAUUGCUAGAGGUAUUCUUUAUUAAUUUUCCUACUGGACUGCUCUGUGGAGAGAUACGGAAAGCAUUUGUCGAAUUUGUGAAUGUAAGCAAGGUUCCUCUUGCUGGAUUAAAGGUUGCAUCCAAACAUCCAGAGUUCUUUACAUUUGGAAGCAAUACUGCAGCACUGACACCACAAAGUCCCACAGCAUCAGAAAACUGCAGUGCAUACAAAACUAUAGUAACAGACUCUACCUCUGCAUGUACGGCAUUGACUUCCCUGGUGUCUCCUGUGGACUUUGGAAUGGGUUCUGGGAACUCAUCUCUUGGGGUGAUUGAUAUUCCGCUGCCUGACUCUGUACUCUUACCGGGAGCCUCUAUUCAACUGCCUCUGUGGCUGCGAGGACCUGAUAAAGAAGGCGUCCAUGAAAUUCAAUUCCUGUUUUAUUAUGAAAGCCCUAAUAAGCUUUCCAAGCUGAGCCAUAGAGUUUUACGACAUACAGCAGUGAUCUGCACCAGUCGGUCUCUGAGUGUGAGGGCAACAGUUUGCCGGAGUAAUACUUUCCAAGAUGAAGAAGAUGGUAGAAAUGGCAAUAUGCUAGUUUUUGUGGAUGUUGAAAACAUCAACACUAACGAAGCAGGUGUUAGGGAGUUUCACAUUGUGCAGGUGUCUAGUAGCAGUAAAAAGUGGAGGUUCCAGAAAUGCAUAAACCCAUCUGAAGAUAAAGAUGCGAAGCUUACAAGCAGAGAACGAGGAAAAUUGUGCUUCAAAGCAACUACAUGUAAAUAUCAAGAAGCUACCUCAGGUGCAUUAGGGAAGUAUACAUUUGCUGACAUCAUCUUAGGAAAUGAACAGAUAAUCAGUGCAACCACUCCAUGUGCAGACUUUUUUUUCCGAAGCUGCCACUCUUCUGAAUCAAAGAAGACCCUGACUAACAGUUAUACAAGUUUUGUACCUGCAAGAUGGCCAACCGAUGACGUGGGAAAAGUCGUACGGAAAUGCAGUGAAAUUGAUUUGAACAUCAUUGUGCUCUGGAAGGCAUAUGUGGUUGAAGACAACAAGCAGCUUAUCUUAGAAGGUCAGCUUCAUGUAACUCUUCAGACUAUAGGGAAGGAAGCAUAUUCUUUAUCACAAAAACAGGAAGCACAAGAAAUGGUGCUGUUAAAAUUAAUUCGACCUGAACAACCACCUCUACCAGCAAGGCCGUCGGUGGAGCAGCUUUCUCAUCUUAUAAAAACAAGUCUUCAUUACCCAGAGUCCUAUGACCACCCAUUCCUACACAAGAGCCUUUGUGUAGUACCUGUAACCCUAAUGCUUUCAAACUGCUCUCAAGCUGGAGUUGAUGUGAUAAUAGACCUGCGCCAUAAAGCCAUAAGCCCUGAGACAUUAGAAGUCCAUGGUUCUUUUACUUGGCUUGGACAGACCCAGUUCAAACUUCAGCUCAAAGCUCAGGAAAUUCACAAGCUUCAGCUCAAAGCCUGCUUCAUUCAUGCAGGGGUCUACAAUCUGGGAACUCCAAGGGUCUUUGCUAAACUGACUGACCAAGGUUCAAUGUGUGAAACCAGCCAGCAGAACUCUAUGCCAGCACUGAUCAUAAUCAAUAACAUCUGAACUCAAUUUCAGGUCCCAAACACAUUGAAUACUGGACAUUGAAAAUAAAUUGUUUUGUACUUCUUAAUAAUUCCUGCAUCAGACCUGCUUGUAUAAAACAAAGAGCACGGAUUUAAAUAAACCUAGUUAUUUUAUGUCUCAAAUAAAAGGCACUAUGGACUUUUAA